AGCACGCUUACGGUGAAUCGAUGAUCUGAGUUUUAGCAGACGGCCUGACAGGUUGACAAACUUCUGUUGACACCGUUAUUUGUUACCAAAACAAGUUAACGGUUAUUUUACGUUUCUUGUUGUUCUAUUGUGAAAAUUGUUUACUUGGAAUACUCUAUUAGUUUGUAAUUACAAGUGUCAUUCGUGUGUUGGUUUCCCACACGAGAGGGGAAUAUUAAAGUUGAAGGUAUUUUCUAAAAGUUUUAAACGGGGCAACGCGUGCUUCUUGAUGAAUAAGUUGCGUGAUACUAGUCGAACAGCAACAAGUGACAUUUUAUGAAAAGAGUUGUAUUUUUCUUGUGAUUAUUCAACAUGCGAGAUUCUGACUAUGGGCCUAUGUUUUAGCUUAGAUCACGAGGAAUUAAAGGCCAGAUCAAGAAGUGAAAUAAUAGAUCGAACUUUACAAACAUGGGCCAAGCAGGAAUCGAAAGUCAUCAAAAUUCUAUUACUUGGGGCUGCAGAAGGUGGGAAAAGCACGCUUGUUAAACAGAUGAAAAUAAUCCACAAUGAUGGUUUCUCAAAGCACGAGUUACGUUCAUUUAAGACGGCAGUUCUAGAUAAUCUGGUGAGUUCCAUGAAGUUUGUUUUGACAGGAAUGGGCAUGAUGAGAAUUAAUCUUGAAAACUCCAAAAAUAAGCAAUAUGCCCAGACAAUAUUAGCGUGUAAUUGUUGUUAUGAUAAAGAAUAUCAUGUAAUGUUACCCAAUAUACACGAAGCCUUAAAAUCAUUAUGGAGAGAUAGAGGUGUACGAUUGGCCGUAUCCAAGGGAUAUGAGUUUGAACUAAAUGAUUCUGCUAUAUAUUAUUUUGAAAAUAUGGAGCGUAUUUGUGGUGCCAAGUAUCAGCCAUCUUGUACGGAUGUAUUACGAGCUCGUGUGAGAACAACAGGGGUUAUAGAAACUUGUUUUAAAAUUAAUGAUGGUAUUAUCAGAAUGUUUGAUGUAGGGGGUCAAAGAUCCGAAAGAAGAAAAUGGAUUCAAUGUUUUGAUGAUGUACGAUGUAUUUUAUUUGUUGCGGCGUUAAGUUGUUAUGAUUUAACUUUAUACGAAGAUUCUAGUGUGAAUCGAUUGGUUGAAAGCCUGAAAUUGUUCCGUGGAAUUUGCAAUAACCGUUUUUUUGUCAAUACAGCCAUGAUUUUAUUUAUGAACAAACUGGAUUUAUUUCAAGACAAAAUAAGGAAUUCUGGUCGCCAUUUACGUUAUUUCUUCCCCGAUUAUUCAGGUGCUGAUUAUGAUGUCGAUUCUGCAGCCCGUUAUGUACAACAUUUAUUUAUGAUGCAAAACAAUAAUCCCUCCAAAGUUAUUUAUCCACAUUUUACAACUGCCACGGAUACUAGUAAUAUUCAAGUCGUGUUUCAAGUUGUUAUGGACUCCGUGUUAAGAGAUAAUAUAAAAGCUGUAUCAAUAUUAUAGCAUUGUUUUAAACUGGAGAUCGCUGCAAUAAUAUUAUCAUCAUAACUUCCUAAUGAUCUCUAUGUUGCCUGACAACAACCUUGAAAAUAUUAAAAUCAUGAAGUGACUCUUAAAAUCAAAGUUUAGUGUCACUAGCCAACUAUAAUCAUUUUAUACUCAGUUUCCCCUGUCGACUUUUUAACAGGAAGUUGAUCUCUUAUGUUACCUGGCAACAAAUUCAAAAUGUUGAAAACAUGAAAUGACUUAAAAUCAAACCUUCAUCAAAUUUUAGUGUCACCAACAAUUUAUUAUCACUUUAUGCUGGGUUUUCUCUGAUUAAUUUCUAUCUGGAUAGAAGUUGGUGAAAUAACUCAGACUUUUUGCUGGGUUUCCUCAGAUGAAUUUGUAUCUGGAUAGAAGUUGGUGAAAAAACUCAGUCUUCGGUGUUUAAACCAUUGACUUUGUUUCAAUUUUUAUAGUUCAAAAUUCCGUUUUACUUGUCUUUACUACACUAGGAUCUGGAAGAGUUGUUAUAUAACCCGCGUUCUGGAUGAUGCGAGGGAUUAGCCAAUGAAACGAUCUGUUACGGCAAGUUUUUUGGGGUGAGGUUCACAGAACUUUGGGUGAACCACUAGAAUCGUCAGUGCUGAUUGAUUAAUCAAUGUCUGACGUCAUAAGGUCAAAAGCCGCUCGUAUGACACCUGAUGCAACCUCCCACUACAACCGGUCAGAACUUCAUGCAGUAGAGGCCAUCGAAAGUAUAAAAAACGAAACGAAAUAUAGAUUAAUUCUUUCAUUAGCAAUACCCAACCUCUUAAUCUUUGAUAAAUGAAUCGAAAUGAUAGCAGACACUCCAUCACAUUUCAAAUAUCCGUCACUGAAAAGGAUCAUUAUUUUUACAUCUGAAACAAAACUAGUCAAUCAUAUUUACAUUUCCAUUCAUGUAUUAUUAACGUUAAUAUAAUCAGUGACAUCAUAGCUGUCGGAUUGACGGAGAUACUUAACAAUAGAUUUCUCAUGGUUCGCUGCAACGUAGUGGGCAGAAAUAUAUAUUAAAUAAAAGAAUAAAACAAGGAAGGAAUUUUAUAUAAUGCUUUUUUACAACUUAACAGUUUCAUUAUAUUUACAAAAAUGUAAUAUUUAUUUUUUUAAAAAAUCAUUUUUGAUUUGAAUAUAUGAUAUCUUUUAAAAUAAAGGAGUUGUCCCCACUUCCUGCCCCAUCCCUCCUUAUGUAAUUCAUGUACAUUAAUUAUGGAUUUUGUUUUAGAAUAUCAUAUUAUUUAUUGUUUUAUAAAUAUUGAACUACACAAAAAUUGUCGAUAAAACAUGUUUGUUACUUGUAUUUUCAUGUGUACGUAUUAUGCUGUCGCCUCUGUCCGGCCAUGUAUCUGUGCUUCCACAUAUCCUUAUUUCCUGCAGGUUACAAUUUUUGUCCGAUUCUGACGAAACUUGAAAUGUAGGUUUAUAUCCUAAAGAUCUCGAUAUUGGCAUAUAUCAGACCGCAACUUCAUGGAUUAUGGCCCCCAGUUCACAUUUUCAGCUUGUGGACACACUAAAGGUCACAAUUUUUAUCUGAUUUUGAUAAAACUUAAAAUGUAUGUUAUAACCCGAAGAUCUUGCUUCCUGUAGAUAUUGGCGCAUAUCGGACUGUAACUUCCUGGAUUAUGGCUCCUGAUUAUACGAAAAAUCGCAUUUCUAGAGGUCACAAUUUUUAUCCGAUUUUGAUGAAACGUAAAACAUAUGUAUAUUUCUCAAAGAUCUCAGUCCCUUUUGAUAUUGGCAAUAGGACCCUAACUUCCUGGAUUAUAGCCCCUGAUUGUACGAAAAAUUAUGUUUUUUAGCGUGUGGACCUUUAGGUCACAAUUUUUAUCCGAUUUUGUUGAAACUUAAGAUGUAUGUCCAUAUCACAAAGAUCUAGGUUCCUGUUUAUAUUGAUGCAUGUCGGACCAUACUAUCCUGAAUUAUGGCCCCUGAUUGUACGAAAAGUCGCUUUUUUAGUUUGUUCACUGUCCAUCUCGUACAUUGCAACCACUUCUUGUUGUUAAAAACUAUAAAUGAUUAAAUUUUAACAUUAAUUGUUUUCCAUUAAAAUUCUGUUCUGUUACAGGAAUGUAUUAAAGUUAAAAUAUUCUAUUUAGCUUUUAGUAUUUAAACUAAUUUCUUGUCUGCUUUACUAGUCAUAUGAAAUAAUGUCAAUGGAUUCAGAUUUUUUAAACAUAAAAAUAUUGUCAAUGUUUAUUUAAUUGAAUUCUCAAUAUUCCUUAACGAUCUUCAAAAAGUGCAGUUUCUCAUACCACACUGUAUAGCAUAUGCCCUUCUACAUUAGCCCAGUCGAUGCAAAACAGUAGAUUUUCAAAAUGUGUCGAAAGGCCACAUACACAGCCUUUUAAAGAAAGAUCUCAGAAGAAUACCCUCAAAAUAGAUAAAACUAAAUCGAAGUAUACAAACAUCAACUGUUUUUGAUACUUAUGCAUUUAAUUAUAUCACAUGAUACAGGUUACUUAAAGAUCAUCGUUUGAUGCAGCAGCUACACGUAACUACCGGCCUGUCCAACCUCGGCUACUCCUUUGAGUAUACAGGUCACAAUUCUAUGGAAACAAUUACUGCUUAUUACUGAGCGAUGUUUCGACACGUUUCGGAUUAACGUGUUAUUGAGUCAAGUGGCUUGUUUUUGAUUUCCCACUUGUACGUGCCAGGAUGUAAGCCUUACAUUGUAAGGUCACCUGUUCUCCAGUUUCUUCCCACUUCUAACUAAAGACCCCUACAUGCCAACAAAUUAUUAAAAUAGAAUUAACCCAUGUUAGUCUUGAAAUUACCUAUUUUGUGUUGUGUGGACACUAGACCCCAUUCUCUCUCUUUUGGACCAUAAAACAUAUUUUUAUAAAUUUUUAACAUUAAGAUAUCAUUCAGAACUUGUAUUUUUAUGGCCUUUUUGUAUAUUUAUUUAAUAUUGUUGAAUGUAUGAUAUUGUACAUGUAGUUUGUUAAUAUAUUUGUAAAUAAAUAAAAAGAUUUAAA